AUGGCCAGAUCUACGCGAGGCUCGCACCAAGCGAGCUCAUCAUCAGGGGCUACAAAAGCGAAUGGGCCCAUCCAAAUCACCGCUAGCGGUCUUCCAGCUUCCUCGGAAAAGACGUCCAUCAUCACUUCCUCUGAUCUUCCAGCUUCCCACACCUCCUCGUCGGCCCCUGAUGCGAACAAACACAACCUGGGCAUGAGCUUGGCUACCAGACAAGCAAAUGCAGCAGACGAAAAUGUCUUUCUCUUUGUGCCAAACUUGAUUGGUGAGUGCUGCUGAGAGAUGCUAGUCCUCUUUUUGAAGCGAUGUUCGAACUUUCGCUAAACAUGCUAAUCUGCCUUGCCCUACCAACUCUGCUGACUUGCUCGUUGCUCGCAGGAUAUGCACGCAUCAUUCUAGCAGCGCUCAGUCUGAUAUACAUGAAGAGCAAUCCAAAGACUUGCACGCUUUUGUACGGCGUCAGCUGCCUCUUGGAUGCUGCGGAUGGCGUCGCGGCGAGGAGGUUGGGUCAGAGCACCAAGUUUGGUGCUGUGCUCGACAUGGUCACAGAUCGGUGAGUUCUCGAGUAUAGGCAUAGGAAGCCAGAUUGGCAAAGUAAGAGGAGGCUCUUGAAGCAGGCUCAGGAGCGGGAUUGUCGGAGCAGUUCGAGAAAACCCACACAGGAGCAACGCAGCUAACGCGAAUCCUCCCAUUCGAUGCGCGCUAGCUGCACGACAUCAUGUCUGCUGUGCUUCUUGACGACUGCAUAUCCACGCUGUGCCAUUCUGUUCCAAGCCCUCAUCACUCUUGACUUUUCGAGUCACUACAUCCACAUGUACAGGUGAGUAUUUGUUCCGGAGGACCUUCGGGGAGAGACUGCGCAACAGAUUCUUCGCGUGGAGGAGGAAGAGAGAGAGAGAGAGAGAGAAAGAGAGCUACCAGAAAGGCGGGCAGGGAAAGGACACUUUUGCGUCGACUGACCGUAGGCAGAUGAAAGCAGAUGCGCGAGAACGGCUGCCGUGAAGACGGUGCUUGGCCGCCUUGAAGCGCAUUGCUACGUUACGAGCGCUUGGUUUCGCGGGUCGAUGAUUCCACCCGAGAUUGCCAUCGGCCUGCAAGCUCCUGAAAGUCGAGUUUGACCUACAUUGCUCUUCACAACAGCUCCCUCGUCACUGGCUCGACCUCUCACAAGGUCGUCAAUGAGGACGUGUCAAAACUACUCAGACACUACUACAGCCAGGUGAGCACCUUUGUCCUCAAGCGAGCUAGCGGACAGACGCCCGGCUCGCAUGCUCACACUUCCUUCCUUUCACAUCAGCGGUGGUUGUUCUUCUAUUGUGCCGGAAACGAGCUCUUCUUCGUGUGCCUCUACCUCCUGGACUUCUAUCCCACACCUCUCGGACUCGAGCCUUCAUGGUUCCUUGCCCCUCUGCCCUCAAGCCUGCAGCUUCAUCUCACAACGCUCGCGGUAGACCAACCCAAAGGAGCAGUAGGCUUGGCUUUUGCUCUGGUCAGGCGAACCACGUGGCCGCAGAUCGCUGCGCUUGUGACGCUGCCCAUCUGCGCAGCGAAGCAAUUGUUCAACGCUUUGCAAUUCUGGAAGGCUGCCAAGGUAUUGGUGGGCAUCGACUUGAUCGAGAGGGCAAAGAAGAGAGAGAAGCAAGGAGAAUGA